AUGGAUGAACAUUACACUUAUUUUAAUAAGCCUCAAAUGUUGAGGUUGUUGGAAGAAAUGCAUGUUAUGUGCACAAAGUCAAAAGAAAAUUACAGUUGUUAUCAACCACCCUUGUUUAACAUUGAUCUUGACCAUGUUGUACCAGAUGAACUGCUACUUUGUGUGACAGAUAUUCUUACUGGAAACUUGGUGUUGGAAUGCAUUGAUGGGGACAAAGAGGAAGAUAUUGACUAUCCAAGAGGUUCAGUUUGUGGAUUUCACCUACAGAAGCUAAUUGAGACGGUUAGAUCUUGUGGUGUGUCUUUUGAUGUGUGGGAAAAGAGAGAUGCUGAUGGGAAAUCGAGUGGCCAACAUGACAGGACCAGCUUGAUGGGGUCAGAUAAGAAGCAUCUUCUGGCAGAAUUACUCAAACGAUGA